AGAACCGGGUACCUCACUCUCUCUCCUCUCUCAUCAUUAUUAUUGCUGGUCGCUUGACUUUGUAUAUUCUACGUUGCUCUGUAACAUGGACAACAAGGCCUUGCAUAGUGGCUGGGAGGAGGCGCAGAUUGAGAAAGUACGACACCGGAGCUGGGUAUACCGACUACUCCUGAGCGGCAUUGAAACCCGAGGAACACUGCCUGUUGCAUUGGAAGAUCGAACAGACCCCCAGUUCAGCAAAGCAUUCUUCAUCUGGCUGUCGGCAAACAGCAACAUCCUCUCCUUCUCUGCUGGUACCCUUGGACCGCUGUUCUACGGACUGGGCCUGCGAGACUCAUGCCUUGUCAUCUUAUUCUUCAACCUGCUAUGCGUGAGCUUUCCUGCGUACCUGGCGACGUUCGGCCCAAAGAUGGGAAUGCGUCAGAUGGUGCAUGCACGGUACACCUACGGCUAUUGGCCAAUUGCCGUUCCUUGCAUUCUCGCAUUGGCGUCCAUGAUGGGGUUCAACAUCCUCAGUGCUAUCCUCGGUGGUCAAACGCUAGCGAGCGUGUCGGAUGGGAGCGUUAGCUGGACAGUGGGGAUAGUUAUCGUCUCAGUGCUCACACUCGCACUAUCCUUCUGCGGGUACAAAGUCCUCCACUUCUAUGAGCGGUACGCGUGGAUGCCCGUCUGGAUCGUAUACCUUGUCGUGAUCGGUAUUGGGGCCAAGUCUAUCGCCGCCCCGCCGCCAACAGAGCCCGCCACGGCUGGAGGAGUGCUCACGUUCGGAGCAACAAUCGCAGGCUUCGUGAUCUCGUUUUGUGGGAUGAUGAGCGAUUAUACGGCAUACAUGAAACCGGAAGUGCCUAGUUGGAAGGUGUUCACUUACACCUAUAUUGGCCUCUUUCUCCCUAUUGUCAUCAUCCAGAUCCUCGGUGCGGCAUUCGCCAUCGGGAUGGGCAACGUCCCCGAGUGGCAAGACGCGUACAACACCAACAGUGUAGGAGGGUUACUCGAAGCCGUGCUCCGCCCAGCAGGUAACUUCGGCAAGUUCCUCACAGUGCUCCUCGCCCUGUCCGUCACGGCCAACACCGCCCCGACCAUCUACUCGUUCUGCCUCAUCUUCCAGGUGUUCAUCCCGCCGGCACGCUACGUUCCACGUUACGUCUUCUCCAUUUUGGGAUUCGCGAUCAUGCUCGCACUAGCGAUCGUCGGCGCCCAUUCUUUCUACGAGACGCUCUCCAACUUCCUCGGCCUGAUCGGCUACUGGUCCGCCUCCUUCUGCAGCGCGAUCAUCACCGAGCAUCUCUUGUUCCGCCACAACGACUUCGCAAACUACGACGCCUCGGUAUGGGACACCCCCAGCCGCUUACCAAGUGGUAUCCCUGCGCUCGCAGCUGGGAUCCUCAGUUUCGCACUGGUGAUACCUUCGAUGAACGAGGUGUGGUUCAUUGGUCCUAUUGCGCAGGCCAUACCUGGGUAUGGGGAUAUAGGCUUUGAGCUGGCGUUGGUUGUUACCAUGCUGUUGUAUAUUCCCUUCAGGUGGAUCGAGAUACGCUUUAGGGGACUGCAUUAGACUCUGAGAAAACAAUUUAGAUGGUAUCUUUAUGAUGUAACGAGAUUACAAAUAUCAAGUAGAAAUGUGAGAACAAAGGCAAAUUAUCGAUAGU